AUGACCAUGAAAGAAACACUUAAAUAUGUUCACAAGAAAAUGAACAGAUUAAAACGAAGCAAUUUUGCUUCAUUGCAAUACCUUAUGAUAAAAUAUUGUCCAUAUCGAAAUUUAUUUCGACCUAUUAUGCCAACUAUUGGACAUGGUGUUAGCACAAAUGUUCCU